UAUGUGUGCUGAUGGAUAUUAUGAAGAACCAGGAAAAGCAUUGUAUAUAACUAAAUUAUUGAUUUACGAAUGUUCAUAUAAAUGUGAAAUUCAAUCAGAUAAAUGUUUAACUUGCCCCUUAAAUUCUUUACGUAUGUUUGAUCCUAUUAAUAGUUGCAUUUGUCCAGGAGAAUAUUAGGACAAUGAGGAUGUGAUUAGUUGCUAAAGUGAUUUUAAAUUUAUAUUAAAGUUUGCCAUUAAAAAUGCAAAACUUGUAAUACACAUGUCUUACUUGUGGUGA